AUGUCCAAGUUGAUUGUCUAUGUCCUCCUAUUUUAUGUUUUGGCAAUAUUGAGGAUCACGUUUGGUGCUAGUCUGGCCAAGGAAAACAAGGAGAAUGAUGGUAAGGGGUUUUGUAAAAUACGGUAGUCCUUGUUAAGAACUAUAAUUUUAAUAAAAUGUUGAAUUUUGAAAUUUAAAAUUUCGAAAAACUAUGUUACAGUAGACCAAGAGCUGUCAAAUCUAAUAGAAGAUCCGGACAAAAAGAAUGACAAUACUUCUAACGGGCAAUCGUUUUUGAAAAAGCCGGUUUCUGAAAUGACAGAUGAAGAACUAAUGUUGUGGAAUCUUCUGAAUCCCAGUCAAUAUGUUCUGAUGGAUCAACGUGAUCUGAUCAUAAGGAAACCAUCAGAUCCCAAGGUUAAGGUAAGUAGUGGUACAGUAAGAAAAAAAAUAUGUUACGGUACGGUACGACAUGAUAAAGCAGGGUUACAGCGCGGGAGGGGAUUGAGUAUGGAAGCAUGGUUAGGGUACUAUAGAGCAGGGUAGAAUAGUUUAAGGUAGAACAAUAUAGGUUAGAGUAGGACAUAGUAGGGAAGGGUAGGGCAAGGUAGGGUAGGGCAGGGUAAGGUUUUAAUAACUAUAUCACUUCAGGACUACGCAGCUAAAGCCAUAGCCAAGUUCAAUUCCUGGUCACCGGGAGGUGAAGUCCGGCUAGUCCGUGUAAUCAACGCUACAGGCGAAAAGACUGGUCAAGUACGAGAACGAUUGGAACUCGAAGUGCAGAACAUUAAGACCAAGAAAAUUGAUUGUGUAUUUGUGAUAAUAUUCUCGGUUACUGGCAAAUACUUUGACUUUUACUUUGAAAUGUGUAAAUAUCCGUGGGAGAAUGCCAAGUUUAAUAUUAAUUGA